UUUGUUUACAUUGUCACCGUAUGUAAUUUCGGCAUUCUCCGGUGGUUAUGAAAAACAUAUAUGAAAAUAUGGCAGAAGGAAACCGGAAUCAAAUACGGCUGAUGCGUAAAUGGACGGCAAUUGCCGAUUGUCGUUAUGAAUCCAUUGCCUUAAAAAACGGCGUUGCUACUGAAGAUUUUUUAAUGCUAACAUUUUCUUUUAAGUGGCUGGUAAAAAACAGGAAAGGCAUCUAUGAUAUAUAAUAAAAAAGAACACCGGGCUGCUCGGGGGAUAUAAGAUAUUGUCAAAUUCUAAAUAAAACCAAAACAAAUGAUUUAAAAAUAUAUACAGAUAGUGAUUUAAAUAGGUAAUGUUCUGUUGUAACAUUCAAAUCGCUUUCACUGCUUUGAUACUGUUGAUCCACCUUAUCCAUGGCAGGGCUUUGCGUGAAUUACGGCUUUAAAUGUGGAGGAAUCACUUACAAAUUAUAAUCAUUCUAAAAGUUUCCGUGUGAGGUGGUAGGACCUAUUUCAAUUAUUAAAAUAUAUUUAGCAAUGCUAAUUUCAUGACCGAAAGGUAUUUUCCCCGUUAUGAAAAUCGGACAAAAUCACAUUUUAUACUUUUCGACGUUUGCAUAGAAAGGUAUAUUUUAUGCUAACUCAGAUGUCCUGAAAGUAUUUCAGCAAAUAAAGUCAAAAUUGAAACUUUAGCAUCUUUUGGUGUUCAGAUAUUUUAAAAAUUAUAAGUUUUUAUCACCCUUGGAUAUCGUUUGAAUACUGUGUAGUUUCAAUAGAAGUGCCUUAAGAGAAAUCGGGUAAAAAAUUUAUUACGGAACAGGUUGGUCGCCGACUGCAAAUAGAGAAGAAAUUGAAACGAUCAAAAAUAUAUAGAACUCGACCUUUUUCGUGUGAUAGAAGCUCCAAAGUCGACUUGGAUGUUACCAAGCACUUGAAAUAUUUCAGGGCCUGAAAAUAUGGCUACCCAGCUAAGAGUGAUUGACACUCAUGUUUUGUACUCACCUUGAGCUAAAUAUCUAGGGUAUCAUCGGCCGGAAUUAUGCAGUUUUCAGGACUUUUUUCUGUAGUCAUUUUGGCAUAUGUGAUUACGCCUUCAUCUGCAGCUGGAACAUUUGAUGACAAUUUUUCAUGGGGCGUGGCUUCCUCCGCAUACCAAACAGAGGGUGCAUGGAACGAAGACGGUAAAGGCCCAAGUAUUUGGGAUACAUUCACUCACCAGAAUGGUGGAGACAAUGGUGAUACCGCAUGUGACGGUUACCACAAAUACAAAGAACACGUUCAACAUUUGGUAGAACUAAAGGUGAAAGAUUAUAAAUUUUCAAUCACUUGGUCACGUGUCUUACCAGACGGCACAACAUCGAGCAGAAAUGAACUUGGAUUGCAGUAUUAUAAGAAUCUUGUCUCUGAACUCGUUAAAAACAAAAUAAGACCGGUAGCGACAUUGUACCACUAUGAUUUACCGGAAGCGCUUCAGAAAUAUGGGGGUUGGUUGAACGAUUCAACAGUAGAUAGGUUUGAAAAAUAUGCAAGACUUGUAUUCAAAGAACUAGGCGAUAAGGUCAAGCGUUGGGUAACUAUAAACAUACCAUGGAAACAGUCGGUAAGUGGAUACUGGUAUGGUGAUUAUGCGCCCGGUGUCAAGAAAUCAUCUACAGCUCCUUACAUCGUUGGACACAACUUGAUGCGUGCACAUACACGAGCAUAUCAUGCCUACAAAAACGAUUUCGCAAGCAGUAAAAAUGGCGAUAUUGGUAUUGUUCUGGACACUGACUGGAUAGUUCAAGCAACAGAUGCGGACGCUGAAGCUGCCUCUCGUGCGAUGCAAUUUUCUAUUGGUUGGUUUGCAGAACCUAUUUUUGGAAACGGAAACUAUCCUGAGGUUAUGAAAACAAGAUUGCAAGAAAGACUGCCUGAAUUCAGUCCCGACGAAAGGAUUAAAAUGAAGGGAUCAAGUGACUUCUUUGGUUUAACCAUUGGGAAAACCUUUUCUGUCAGCAAACGGGACAACAGUAAGACAUUAGGUGAAUUUGACAUGGAGGAACUAGAUUAUACUGCCACACUGAUACAAAGACCAAUAGAUGAAUCUGUAGAAGAUGUAUUGAAAUGGAUACAGAAAUCAUACAAUGACCCACAAAUUUAUGUGUUUGACGGAGGAUUUGGUGAUUGCGGUACUCAGUAUGAUGAAGAUAGGAUUCAGUACAUGAAACAAUUCAUGACUGCAUUAAGAAAUGCAAAAUCAAGCGGGGUACGAAUUGGUGGAUAUUUCGCGGCUCAGUUGAUGGAUGGAUUUGAUUGGACAACUGGUUUCAAGACAAAAUAUGGACUGUACCAUGUGGACUUUAGUAACAAAGCACGGUUGCAGAGAGCAUCUGCUAGAUAUUACCAGACUCUAAUCCAACACAAUGGAGAUGAAUUCACAUAUCCGAAACAUUUCGUUCCUGAAGUUAUUCGUCAAAAGAACGACUUUAUGCAUAGAUAUUUCCCAGAAGACUUUGCAUGGGGCGUGGCUACUGCUGCAUAUCAGAUAGAAGGUGGCUGGAAUGAAGACGGAAAGGGGCAGAGCAUUUGGGACGUUUUCGCGCAUGAAAAUCGACUUGCUAAUAACGCAACAGGAGAUGUUGCAUGUGACAGUUACCACAAAUACAAAGAGGAUGUGCAAAAUAUCAAAAAACUUGGCGUUUCACACUAUCGUUUCUCUAUUGCCUGGAGCCGUGUGUUACCAGACGGAAGGUCCACAUCCCUCAAUCAGGCUGGUGUAAACUACUACAACAACCUGAUCAACGAGUUGCUAGCUAAUGGUAUCACUCCGAUGGUGACACUGUACCAUUGGGAUCUACCACAAGCUCUGCAAGACAUUGGAGGGUUUGAGAAUGAGUCUAUUGCGGACUAUUUUAACGAUUAUGCCAAGGUCUGCUUUGAACAGUUUGGGGACAGGGUACCAUUAUGGAUCACAUUUAACGAGGCGUUUGUUGUUUCCUGGCUUGGGUAUGGUAUUGCUGUGUUUGCCCCGGGAGUGAACAGGCCGGCAGAAGGCCCAUAUACAGCGGCACAUAACAUCAUUCGUUCACAUGUGAAAGCUUAUCACACGUACGAUCGAUUGUUCAGGAAACUUUAUCACGGUAAGGUAGGAAUAACUUUAGAUUGUGAUUGGAAGGAGCCUGCCACAUCCUCAGCUAUGAAUCGAUAUGCUGCUGAGCGCGCUCUGCAGUUUAAACUGGGAUGGUUUGCUAAUCCAAUAUAUGGAAACGGGGGCUAUCCAUCAGUUAUGCGACAGUUUGUUGACAGUAAAAGUCGUGCAGAAGGGCGGAAUAUAUCUCGAUUACCAGUGUUUUCACCCGAGGAGAUAGAGAUGAAUAAAGGGUCCUUUGAUUUCUUCGGAUUAAACCACUACACUACCCAGUAUGUCCAUCACAGUCCGGAUGACCGGAAGUCUUACGAAGGUGACCAAGAUCUCUACACUACAGUCGACGACUGUUGGCCUGGCUCCAGUGCUGACUGGUUGAGGGUAAAUCCCUGGGGUAUAAGAAGCUUGUUACGAUGGGUUAGAGACAGGUACAAUAAUCCACCAGUGUAUGUCACAGAGAAUGGGGUUGGUGACACAGGAGACCUACAUGACGAGGCUAGAAUACACUAUUAUAAAUCCUAUACAAAUGAAAUGUUGAAAGCCAUAAUACUUGACAACUGCAAUGUGAAAGGAUACAUGGCGUGGUCACUGAUGGACAACCUAGAAUGGACCAGUGGUUACACAGUUAAAUUUGGACUCUAUAAUGUCAACUUUACAGAUCCAAACAGAGCUAGGACACCAAAAGAGUCUGCAAGAUUCUAUACUGAACUCGUCAAUAACAAUGGGUUCCCUGGAAACUAAAUAAUGUUAAUGUUCCCAUGUGCAAGAAAUAUGUCACAUAUAAUUAAUAUAUAAAAGUAUGUACCCCUGGCACUGCCUUAAGCAGGGCACUGCUGUACAUAUACAUUUAAUGGAUACUUGAUCCCAUUGGACCAGGAAAUACAAAAUGUAUAAAAACACUUCAAGCAGUGUAAGGCUAAACUUUUCAAAAUGCAUUAUAUUUUAUUUUAUAAUAUAAGAUAUAUGUAAUAAUUUCAAUUGUGUAUUAUUCUAUUUGAACUACUCUUGGUAUAGUUAAUUUACUUUCUUGGAAAAUGUGCAUCUAUAAUUAUACGGCAGAAAACAAGUAAGCUAGUUCGAAGGGAAGCUAGCUCAUGAUUUUAGAUAAUUAGUUAGUAGACAUUAUAUCUUCCGUCCAGUUCUAACAAUAAAUUUGGCCAAACAUGUUUGGGUAUAAGUAUUAUAUACUUAACACGGCAUGUAUGGUAGCUAAAACCUUUAUCUUUUUAUUUUAUGUUCGGUAACUUUUUGGGAAUAAAUCUGGUAGGGGCUGA